CUGAUACUUUAUACAUUCAAGAGUAAACAGUGGACUGCGCAAUCUGAGGCGAAUACUCAGGUAAGAUCACGAAUUUUCCGGAAAACUUUAUUCGGACUGGUUUGUUUUUUGCUUUUAAUAUUUAGUACAUAGUGACAUAUUUGUAACACAAUAUUAUUAACGGACAGCCGGGAACCAGAACCGAUCGGUCAAUAGCAUAAACUAAGCCUAUUUAGAUGAGUGCCAAUAUCUGGUGGAAUGUCUUAAUGAGCAGCAAUAAUGAUGCCGCUCGCUUUAAUUCAACAAUUUAUAGAUGAAAAGAAGCAGCUUUAACUGUUGUAAAACUAAAUUGAUUUUGAUCAUUUUUCGCUGACUCUUGAAAAGCUGUUUGUUGUCCAAUCAGUACUCUGUCGAUUAUCAUCUCUCUCUGUUAUUUUCGUUUGGGUUUUUUUCUUUGUAAGUUAUAAUAGCGGCAUAUGAACAACACGGCGGUCUCUUUUCUUUGCUCUUGUGUUGAUAGGUCUCAAAAUAUUGCGUCAUUCAUUUCUGACAUCAAGGCUUUUAUGUCCACCACUAAACGAAAGUUAUCUGUCAAAAAACUUGGAAAAUGCCAGUAAUCUUGGCACGACAAUUAGUGACUGUUGAUUGAUUGGCUUUAUCAGAAAACUCUGAAGAGCCUUCAUCUACCCAAUGCUUUUAUGGAAUUGAGGUAAUAUUAGGAUUCAGUUUUACCUUCAUAUUAGUGUAGCACAAUUUUGAAAACAGUCGAGUUAUCGGGAGUUCGAGUUGUCGAGGGUAAAAUGAUAUAGAAUAUGAUCUGAAGGGGAAUGAAAAUUGCUUCGAGUUAGAGGGAGGUUUCGAGUUAUAGAGGGUUCGAUUCACCGGGAGUCGACUGUACUGAGUGAAAUCCAAUUGUUAGAGAGUGUUUUAUUUAUUAAUAUAAAUAAUCCCUGUUGUUGCAUUAGACCAACUACAAAUACGAUCAAUUAAUAGAUAUCUUCCUUUGAACUUCUUCAGCAGCGCCAUAAUGAUGAUGCCAGUAUUGGUAUUGGCCAUAUCCUGCUUUGCCUGGCAAAUCCCCAGAGGUAAAUAAGACGACUAGAACUUAACUUAGUAACGUACAUGUCAGUUACCACGGUUACCCAACGACCGACUGUUUCCAAAUACGUCAGGAGUGUCUCAAAUGGUUUUCUCUAUGAUUUGAAGCGUGAUUGGUUACUUUGAAGCUGCCCUAAAAACUAUUUAUCUGUUCAGAUGUCCCAGGGGAACUUAAGUCGUCUCGAAAUUGUUAUGGUUAUGUCAUUUUGACUAGCCUCACUGGCUGUUUUAAAGUUAAUUGAUAUUUUUCUUUCCUUUUUAACUUUAAAUUUUUAGGAGAAAAUCGUGCCACUGGAGGAGAGGUGAUUAUAAAGCCUAUAACUAACAAUGUGCAACUACAGUUUUCUCAAUAUUUAGAAGUCAGAAUGGAAAACAUGAUUAUUAUGGCUUUAAACGGAUUCCAAAAGAUAAGAUUUCUUAGGCUGCCACUUGAAAUUUGCCUUUUACCGGAGAGCUGGUUAGUUGAAAAUAACAAAAUAUAUCUCCUGCGUUUAUUUUUAUUCAUUUUCGUUAUUUUUGGUGUUGUCUUUACCCAGCGUUAGUCUAAAAAAUAUCCUUGGAGCCAUUCAGAUUUUCGAUUAUUCCGAGAAUGUUUCCAAACCUUGUAGCUGACAUCUGCUAUUGAAGAACUUUAUGCAAUUCAAUACAAAUAAUGCUUUUGAUCCCUAGAACUCAAACAAGAUUCCCGGCGCGUACUGUGACAUGGUUUUAUUGAAAAGAUUAACAUUAAUAUCUUUAAAAUUACACGUUAUCUGAUACAGUUUCAUUAUCCCUUGUAGUCUACUCUUCACAAUCAAAUGACGAGAGCGGAAAUCAAACACUAUUUUGGAGUACAGCAUUGGAUGGAUGGUAUAGUUGAAAUGAAUAAAGGACAUUUUAAUCGACUUAGGUGAAAUUUUGAGUCAUUUUUUCCGCAUGAAUUGUAAUAUUACAUACAUAGUAACAUUUUAAUACCAUUUUUCCAAAGUUCCUGAAUACGAAGUCACGUUUCCCUUCGAGGUGGACGAAAAGGGAGGCCUUGCAUUUAAUUCUCUAAACCACCGUCGGCUGCUGAAAAGAGGGAUUGAUGAUAAAGGCAGUGGUAUUCAGUAUAAUUACCAUCUCAACGCCUUUGGAGAACAAAUGCGUCUUCAUGUUAAACGUAACACAAAGUUUAUGGCACCGGAUCUUCAAUUAGAAUCACGUGAUCAAGAUGGAAGGCGAACUACAAGACCUGUCUCUGAAAAUACCUUUUACGUGACCGGGCAGGUGGACUCGGAACCAGAUUCCUUAGUAGCUUUGAGUGUUGGGGAUGGAAUGGUAAUUGGUCAUUUGUACUUUGAAUUGAUAUUCAAGCUUAAAUCAAAUGAUUUCUACAAUGAAAUAAUGCCUUUUAAUUACACGGUGUAAAAAGAUCAAUAGAAGCUAUUCAAAAUCCUCUUAUGACAAGUCUGCAGAAAAACUAUUUUUGCUACACUUGAAGCUUGAGGAAACAGCCAAUAUUUCACGAUGCCACCACAGGUUUCCCUGCGAAAUGACAUCUGAUGAACAACUGCAGAACUGAUUCCACACCAUGCCAGUAUCCCUAGUUCUGGGUAGAGCUUCUUAUUAAUGGCACCGCGAGUUAGAUUCGUUUUAACCAUUUAGAAGCACUAUCUACCCAGAUCUGCACAGUGACACGUCAUCAGUAUGGAAUUUUCAAACUCCUUUCUAAGACGUUAUUUCGAAAGAAACCUGCAGCAGUGGCGUCGCAAAAAUUCGGCUGUUUUCUCAUGUUUUUUCAAUACAAAUUAUUCCGUUCUUUUUUUGUUUUUGAGUACUCAAACAAAGAAAAACACCGGAAAGUGAUUUUUUGUGGCUGUUCCUUGUAAACUGCAUAAUCAAUGUUGUAUUGUGUGACGAUUCAGUAAACGAUUGUAUUUGCUUUGCUAUGACAGACUGGUUUCAUUAAACGAUCACGUGACGCCAUGGUCGUCCAUCCUCUACCCGAACACUUGGCUUUACAAUUUCGAAACGAAAGCGAAAGAAUACCGCAUGUGGUGUAUCAGAGACCUCUGCGGGAAGACUUUGAAUGUCACACAAGUGAGUGAAAAUAAUUGUAAAUGGUUUGAACUAUUUGUAAUAAGUAGGUGGAUUAACAAGGGGAAUUCAUGAUGGCCGCUUUGGUGGGCCGCGCAGUCCUGAAUAGGCGAAUCUUUGCUGACGUCAUUGUUUAAAUUUUUCCUCAUUAGCAUACGACUGAACUCAUAGAAGCCGUGGGCGUAAAUACGAACUAAACUUAAAAGUUGAAAGGGCCGAUAAAUUAAGUUGAGAAAUUUGUGCAAUUUUCAGCUCUUUGCCAGCAACAUUGAAGGAAAUAUCAGCAACUGAUGGGUGGCAAAAAAGUUAGAGCCAUAAAUUGUCUGUAAAAUUUCGAGCUUUUAGAAGAGAAUUUCUCUGAAACCACUCGGUGUAUUGGGCUCAAAUUUUCAGAGAUAACUGAAACUGUUAUGCCCUUUCAAUAUUCAGAGUUUAUAUUUUAUUAACGUCAUCAGUUAGUGAUAAGCAUAUGUUAAUGAGGCAAAAAGUGUAAACAAAGCUUCGCUGAUAGGACUGCUCAAGAUACUUGUGAGUGAAUAGUGCUUAAAUCUGUUACAGGAAAUACAUUUUUCGAGCAUUCUGAGAUAUUAAGUGAUCUCAAGGAACUGUAAGUAGAAUGAAGGAAAACAAUACACUUAGUCUAGAGACGUUCCUUAACAUUAAUCGCUCAUGAUUUUAAUCCACCCUUAGAGAUGAACAAGUUUUCAAAACGAGGCCUAAACCAGCAGCUAGAAGACGCGAAUAGUAAUGAAGGCCUACUAAUCGACAAGUACCUGGAGGUAGCAUUACUGGCAGACGAACAUGUUGUUUCAGCUCACGGGAAUAAAACUGAGGAAUUUCUUCUGCUUUUAGGCAGCAUUGUAAGGCUAAAACCAGAUGUACAUACUAUACGUUCAUUUUCAUUUUAUCCUAAAAGAUUUCCCACCACUUCUCUACCUGAUGAUCACGAUGUACAGUCACACCCCGCUUUACGGACACCCGCUUAAUACGGACACCUCAUUAUUUCGGACAUUUUGCUUUGUCCCUGGGGAAAGAAAGCCCGGCUUACAUUUUCUCUAAAUUCAACCCGCUUGAUACAGACACCUUUUUUUAAAAUACUGACACUCUCUAUGCUCCCCUCCGGGUUUGACUGUAUCAGGAGUAUUCAAAGGUGCCUUCUUCUGUACGAUCCAGAAGAAUCAAGGCACUCGUAGGGUGGUAAUAUUUUUGGCUGAUACAUGAGCUUAUCUUAUUUCCCUAGUUUGCAUUGUUAAGCUGAUUGGAGAAAUUCGAUUCAAUGUUCGGAAACUUUACUGGAAAAGUAAAUUUGGCAUCGUCAGUAUCACUGAAGAGAAACGUUUGUUGGUCACGGAAGAAAUGAUCACAAAUUGAAUCUUCGCACUCACCACCCAACAUAUCGUAUUUAUUCGAAUAAGCACCCCACCUAGAAUUAGCGCCCACCUCGAAUAAUUAGCGCCCAUCCUAAAGGCAGAAAAAGUUAAUAAGCGCCCAGCCUCGAAUACGCUCCCACACCCAACCCCACCCACUUGGGUGACAAUGAGAUGGAAAUUGGAUAAGUAUUAAUAUAAAAAAGAAGACGGAGUUUUCUUCAGAGUAGGGAUAGUUUACAGAAACCUUGCUUUGUUACAUCUUCGCGUUUCGUUAUUACCAUUUAUUGUUUUGUUGCAAAAUAAACACACUUCACUUGCUGAAAAUGGUGAAAUCUAAUAAGCGCCCAGCCUCGAAUAAGCGCCCACUCUCAAGGUCCAAAAAUUUAAUAAGCGCCCAGGGCGGUUAAUCGAAUAAAUACGGAAAUUACCCCAGGGGUAUGAAAUUUGUGUCUAUCUUAUUCUUAUUUUAUUUCCGCCUGUGAAAUGUUUCCUGAAAGGCUAUUACUAAGUCAGUUACUUUUUUUUGAAAUUUCAGGUGAAUUCACUUUUCUAUGGUGUAACUGUUGGAAACAUCAAAAUCAAUUAUGUAAUCACGCGUCUUGUCCUUAUCACAAACGAAGAGGUAUUACUGUAAUAUUCAUCCUCUGCUUUCUUUUCCACCAAAGGUUAAAUUCAUUUAGAGUCACUGAUACGAGGAGGAUGUGACUUGAAGCUAUACAAUGUUGUUUUUUCUUUUGAAUCCACAAGUUUUAAUGUCACCGAUCUUCAGAAUGUUAACUUAAUUAUUGUGAAAUAGGGUGCCGUGACAUUCUUUUCAACUACCGACUUACGUUGAAACUUAAAAAUGUUUAAACAGCUUUACAAAAUUUGCCUGUAAGAGCAUGAAACAGCUAAAAACUGAUUAUUUGAGUUAAUUAAAUUUCCAGUGAAUAGUCUGAUUAACCCUUUCAGUACCAGAGUGAAUGGUAGAGUCUUGUAAGGUUCUUCAACUUUUAAAUCUGUGGUCAAAUUCCUGCGUUAUGUGGAACAUUUCAAUAAAACCUCUUUUGCAAGAAUGUCACAUUAAGCCAGUACUAUUUGCUUUUCAUCACUUUACAAAAUGAAAUAAGGAGAUUUUGUUAAAUUUUGACUUAGGCCAGGGUUCCUGCUCAGGCCGCUCUUGGAAGUGAAGGGGUAAAUUGUCGCCGUGUUUCAGUCCUAUGGCCAUGGCAAUACAUUUUUACGGUUAACUGUGAUGUUUGUAAACACCCUAAAAAAUUGCUUACGAUCAAUCGAUCAGUGCUUAUAGUAAUUUUGGCUUUACCUCCCUGAUUUUCAGCUUGGAGUUGAUCCUUCAAAUUCAGGUGUAAGUCAGGUGACUGUGAUCCAAAAACUGGAAGCCUGGGCUCGUAAUAACAACAGAAAUAACGCAUCUGAUCCACUUCAGUUCGAUGUUGCUUCUCUUGUUCGCAGGUAACCUGACUCAUCAUUAUUACCAACUGAUAAUAUUUUAUACUGAAAAAGCGAAUGUCUUUUACCACGUCACACAAGUCAAUUUAGUGUGUCCAGAUAAAAAAAAUAUAUAUUUUUUUCAUGAGAACAAAACCUAUUUCUCCAAAUAAAUGAAUAGGCCAUUUCUGAGUUUCCCUGGCCCAGGCCUCUGUUCCAAACGAGGUGCUUAGUGCUCAGCCUUUGAUAUGGAAAUGAUUUUCCAUUCUCAUGCAAAUAAAACAAAGGUUGUGCACUUUGCCUUAUUUUGAAACUGAGGGUUUUUGGAACUUGGAAGUGGCCUAUUUCAUUUAGGAAACGAUCUAGUUUAAUUAAUGACAGAUGACACAAUUAUUUAAAAGGUAAAAUAAUGCAUGCUUAAGUUACCAAUUUUCUUUCUUUUUUUUUCAACAUCCGUCUACCCAAUUGGGCGCACGAUGAGGGCGUCGGCUUCCACGUAGGCUUACACCUAAGAAAAUAUGCUUCAAAGUAGGUUAUUUAAAAAUAUUUCUAACAAAAUAAUAAUUUGUUAUAUCCAUUGAUUCUGAUUACUCUUACUGUUUGUAUUUUAUCCUCAAAGCGCUGGAAUUGGAGGUAAGGAAUAUGACUUUUAUACCUCUUCUUUCUUCUUAGUGGGUGAUCAAAACGAGUCUCAAUUUCUUUUCUUCCUUUAUUCUCUUAGAAUAAUAAUGGGAUAAAUCCAUAUUCUUUCGAUUACUGCUUGUAACACUAUAUGUAGUUAAAUAUGUUCAGCAACGGCUUUUAUAUGUUCAAAGUCAAAGGGCCCAAAUCUUGAGAUGAUCUAUGUCGUAUACUAUUGUUAUAAUAUCAUAGUUUAUCAUUCAUUCAAAAUAUUACUCCGUUUCUGACUGGCUUUCUGACACUGUAUCCUUCGGUUAAUUCUUCAUAACCAGCUAGUGUUGACCAAAUUAUGAAGACGUUAGCGAUCUUUGUUAAAAUGACGUCAGUAGUGCAGGCUGUUGCCAUAAUGUUGCUAAAAAGAGGUACAGCAACCGAGAAGCCCUGGACAUGAGGGUUUUUUUUAGCUCAAUUGUUUUCGCAGAGCUUUUAUAAAAGCAAUAUAGCAAUCUAAAAAUUUUUGGUGGUUUACCGGCGUUAUAUAGUAAGCCCACUUUGUAUAUUUGGGUCGCUAGAAAAGUCCUAGAUAUAGUUUUUGCAAUUUUCUGAACGUUUCUGUUUUGGAUCUUUAGGAGUGGCGGUGGUGUACAAUUCAGUUUGCCCUCACAAUGACCUGGUUAAUGUAAACAGCGAUAACGGACUGCAAACUGCUUACACAAUUGCACAUGAGACUUCUCACAAGUAAGUACUGGCUUCUGUGGCUUGGAUGCUGCUUUGGCAUCGAGCCCCGUUUUGUAGACUUCUCAAUUCAGAGGAACAAGGUCACUCCUAUUGUCCAAGAAAUAAAAUCUGUCUAUUGGUUAAAAUCAACUUAUAAUCAUUUUCUUGAUUUAAAACUGUGGACCUGUAAAAAGUACUAACCAACGUUAUAAACGUCUAAUUCUGUUAUGAUGUUAUUUUAUUUAUUUUCACAGUCUUGGCGUUGAUCAUGAUGGAAAUGCCGAUUGUCCAAAUUAUAUCAACAUCAUGUCGUCGACGCUUAUAGCGGGCCCUGGGGCCUUGCAGUGGUCUUCUUGCAGCAGGGCUGCCAUUCAAACUUUCCUCUCGUAUGUGAAUACAUUUUGUCAUCUAUGAAAAAACCUGAAAGAAUGUUAAAAAUGUCCAUAGUUUUGUUAGAAUAUUGACUUUGCAAACCAGCUGCUUGUAACUUUUUUGGGUAUACGAAAUUUUAGUCCAGAGUCGUUCUCUUUCAAGUUUAAACUGUACUCUACUGAAACUUCAAAACGUGGUGAUGUAUUUCGAGACUUUUUAUUGAGAAGUCUUCACAGUGUUUCGGUCGCGGCGACUAAAGGAGAGACUGCCGAGAAUAGGAGAUCGUUUUCGUAAUCAAUUUUAACGUUUGCAACGAGAAGAAAUUUUAAUUUCUUGAAACUCAACUUUUAAUAAUUGCAUAAUUUCCCACCCUUAAAUAGCUAAGGAAAUUACAUAGUUCGAGAAUAGAAGAAUGGACUAGACAAAAAUGGCGACAAUAAUUUGUAACACAUUGAAGAUGUGGAUGUGUCAUGUCAACAAAUAAACAAAUCAGUUUUCUUAAGCAUUAGUUCACCCACCCGCUUUUUCAGUGAAUGCCAUUUUGUGUUAAAAAAGGUUAACCAGUAACGCAGUUAAUUUGGUAAGUUUAGUUAUUACUUCAUUUUUUCUUACAAAGGAGCGAUGAUUCUUUUUGCCUGGAUGAUGCUCCUUCAUCUACUCGUCCUAUUCCACCAGAGUCCUACUACACAAGGCUGCCAGGGGAACUAGUUGACGCAGAUACACAAUGCGAAUACAAUUAUGGUACUGGGUAUAGAAGAUGUCCACAUAUAAAUCUCGAGGUAAAAAAGAGUCGACUAUAUGUUUUAAAAAAAUUAAAGAAUCUUUAUCGGCGAACCAAGCACUUAACAAGCAAUUACAAGAGAGUAUUAGAAUGAAAUUAAUGCGUAAAUCCCAAUGACAUGUGAACGUUAGAUAUUGAGUUCUAUCCACUGAGCCACCGAGAGGAGAGACUCAUGAAAAGCAAGGCCGUAUACUACGCCUAGUAUAGUCCAGCAUAUUCUGCUGGAAUAUUGAAAUUAACUUUUCAUUUCUGUUAAAUUUCCAGGAUUCAUGCGAGGCCCUGCAUUGUACCCGAGAUGGCUACACAUGUUUGUCCUCCUUUAUAUUGCCCCUCGAAGGAACGCCUUGUGGAAUGCGCAAGGUAAGUUAAACCCCUAGCCUUCCGAGAGAGUGCAGUAACACAUAUUUGGAAUAUAACUGAUUUUCCCUCUUUUUAAGUGGUGCAUCAAAGGUGCCUGUGUAGAUAAUGGCACACCGAAGACUGACGGAGGCUGGACCGAGUGGUCUGACUAUACCACGUGCUCUCCUUCUUGUGAAGGAGGGGUGCGAUACAGAGAAAGAACAUGCACUAACCCAGCGUAAGUGAAGCGGAUAGAAGAGGCCUAAACGCAAUGGGACUUCUUUCAUUUUUUUUAUUUUGGGAGAAGGUUUCAGUACUGAGAGUCGUUGACAGCUUUGCUUCUACUGACAAACGAUUCAUUUGGCCUUGCUUUGAAAUUAUAAGGAGAAUAAACAUAAGAAUUUUCCACGGGCGGAUUUAAGGGUUGGUCCAGUGUUGCCUGCGUGCAGACGUCUCCUAUUUCCGUUUUUGCACGCGGAAAAGGGACGUCUGCGUAACCCCGUCGCUAAUCGUGUUCCAGCUUCCCGCUGGCAGGGUAUUCUAUUUCGCAUAAAUUGUGAAAUAAUAUCCGGUUAGAAAUAAGAGUUGACAGGCCAAACACAACAUCAUAAGCUCUUGAUAAUGCGAAACGUGAGCUUGAGAAUCUGCCUGAACAGAGGUUUUUCUUCUUUUCUCUCUCGCGCGGUUACUAGCACUACACAGUGCAUGUAGCAUUCUAAACUUUGACUGAGUAAAUCUCGUUUUUGCCGCACUAAGUCUUACAUUUAGAGGUCAUGAAGCAGGUUUGUUACAUGCAUACUGAGUAAUCAUUUCCUGUGGUUUAUGCUUCUGUGGGUGUUCCUGAUAGGAUUUGAUUUCAGAUGCAGUUGUAAAGUGUUUAAAUUUUCUUUGACCUCUGUUUGCUACGGCUAAAUAAAGAUUUUAGUUUCUUUGGCUGGUUUUUUCCGAAAUACCUGCCUAAUGCGAAGUCCACGCCGCUUUUGUAGUUUUCUCAGGCACUCUUUGCAAAUAUGAUGUGAUGUGUCAUGCACAGUAAUUGUAAAGAAAUAAUUUCCUCGCACACGUUAAAUUUUCCGCGUCCUCGCACAAGAUUUCAACGGUCUGCACACAAUGGCACAUGUUUUCAUUUGUUUUGGCUGGAAAACGCCGAUUACAUAAAUCACCGCAUACAUUAUCAGUCCAGAUUCGAUAACAACCAAUCAGCGUUAAGUCAAACAAUGCGCACUGUGUGUCAGCCUAUCACAGCAAGUUCCCAAGAUCUUGGGAACCCAGUGGGACGCUGGAACACGAGUAGCGACGGCGUCACUCAGACGUCCCUUUUCCGCGUGCAACAAAGGAAAUAGGAGACGUCUGCACGCAGGCAAGUCCAGUGGAUCGCAGUUCUUCUUUUUUUGGGCAAUUUCGAAAUAUUUUUAAAGAAUUCUCAAUAAAAUAAAUGGUAUAUAAUUGGCAAGUGUCCAAGCCGCCCCUUUCUGAAUAUUCUGGAUGCACCUCUGUUUUUUCUAAAAGAUCAGGAAAAAAAUACAGUAAUUAAUCAUAACUUUAGGCAAAACACUGAAGUGAGAAACAAACAAAAACAACAAAAAAAUAGCAAAUGGAACAAAAACGUCCUACCAUGACAAUUUUUUAAAACUUUUUAUUAAACUUUUUUUUUAUCAGCCCUCAGAAUGGAGGUCAAAACUGUGCUGGGCCAUCGAAAGCUCAUUGGGAAAUAUGCAAUAGUAAUGUGAGUAAAAGGUAGUGAGGUAAUGUGAGAAGGGGUCUCCAAACUAUCUAAUAAUUUAUGCCGUUGCUGUUUAAUCAUGAGUUAGGAUAGUUGUUACUUGACAGCUGUCUCACCAGGCAUUCUGCCAGUCGUACUCACGGUUUAAUUUAGGAAGAAGAUUAUUUCUGGCCGCAUCUUUGAAAGGAAGUUAAUGGUCGAAAUAACGAAUAUAUUUCGUUAUAUUUUUAAGUUAUAGAAUUCUGGAGCCUUUCCUUUUCGUUUUCAGGUUGCUUGUCCACCCACUCAACCAACAUAUCGCAACAUCCAGUGUCAGGAAAUUGAUUCAACCUUAACCUUCUAUCACAUAUCAAGUAUGAAAUAAAAUAGUUAAAACUAGAUUAAGGUCAAGAAGCAUUCCGCUGGUGCGCAAAACUAUUUUUCCACAAACAUGUUAUAUUGUCUAAAAGCUUAAUUCAUUCAGUUGUGCUCUGGAUCCAAAAUCUACCUGGUUGUUAAAGAACAGUAUUGAUGUUCUCUUAAAAACGUAUCUUUUUCGUGAGAGCUCUUUCUUUUAGUUGUAAAAAGCAUCGAGACAUUUAUAACAACAACAAUGUAUUUAUUUAAAGAAAUAUAAAGUUACAAUACUUUAUGUCCUGCAAAUAGCUAUAAUGCUAAUCUAGGCAGGACAAGACUUUAAAUAAAGACGUUAUUAAAUUACAUGAGAAAAAAGAAAAGAAAAGAAAAGAAAUACAAUAACAUACAGAAAGAAACACCUUACACAUAAAUUCAAGGACAGGGGAUUUGGUUAUUUAAAAAAAGACUAAAUUACAACUGGAGGUAUAUACAACAUAUCAGGUUAACUUCUUAAAAUAUUCUAUUAAAUGUAGAAUGCGUUUUUAAGAACUUUAAUUAUUAUUGUUAUUAUUAUUAAUUCCAACAAGGUAGUGUACGCGCACUUUUGAAGGUUAUAGCUACUUUAUAAGUUGAAUCCUGAUUAAUUCGAAUUUGAUGUGGUGUGUGUUUGUGACUCGGUAGGGGUCCCUCGGUAGGCCUUUGUCAAACGUCCCCACAAAAACUUGAUCUGAAAGCCAGGAGGUGGGUUGUUCGAUAGGAUUUGUAAACUCGAAAGUCUUUAACGCCGCUGAGAAUGAAAUUCCGCUAAACCUUAGGGCGCUUUGCAUGUGAUUAAAAGAAUUCCAGAGAACCUCAGAAUGUGAAAGUAUGAAAUUCAAGUGAAAUUGAGACUGAAUAUUAAACCUAUUGUGCGAAAUUAAAUUGGUUUUCAUAUGCGUGUAUCUUUUUAUUUCAGGCGUCAGUGCAUGCACACUUACCUGCCUAUCAGGAAAUUCAGUUCGCACUUAUGGUAACGUGGCUGACGGGACUCGAUGUGAUCACCAAAACCCUUUUGUGUAUGAUGUCUGCAUAAAUGGACAAUGCCAGGUACUAUUAAACUCACGUCUAAACCUGUUGUACCCGAUAGCUAGUUUUGACACCAGGUUUUGACCCCAAGUAACAUCGAUCUUUGGGGAUAUACUCGCAAUUGCACCGUAUUCUAAAGCAUUUUUUUUCUUUGAGUGUGUGUGUGUGUUUUAUUUCUUAGAAUUGGAAAGCGUAUACAUUAACCUGGUGCACAUUAGGUGUAGCCACUCUGGGAAACUUGGGUCGGAGAGCAGAUCGGUGCAUUGCUUUAAUCCGCACGAUCGAAUGAAGAACUCAUACUGUUAAUAAAUUUAAAUCAUUUUGCGUUCCUCUUCUACAGUCCGUAGGCUGUGAUCACGUCUUGAGUUCGGGAAAGGACAAAGAUCGAUGUGGAGUUUGUGGUGGCGAUGGAGAUUCCUGUACCUUGGUGAAGUCCACCUAUACCGAGAACUACAUCCGAUAUGGUAACAUUAACAAGUUAAUAAGUUUGUCCUUAUGGAAAUUGCGUAACGUAGAUGAACAACAAUAUGAGAAAUGAUCUUGUAGUGUAUGUUGGGAUAGAAAUAAACAUGUUGUUAUGAAUAGAUUAUUUAGACACUUUUUCAGGUGUGUAUUUGGGUUGAGCUCUGCGCAACACCUCUAUCUACCUCAGAUUUCGUAAGUUAACGAAUAGAGAGAGAGAGAGAGUGUGUGUGUGUCGUACAGUAAAGGUCUUGAGUUGUCUUCACAGGAAAAAAUCAAUCGUUUCAAUUCAUUUUCCAUUUACCAUUCAUCGAUAUUUCAGCUUACAGCCCUGUUGAUACCAUUGUUGAACUACCCGUGCACACUGCUAAUGCUGUUUUCGAAGAAAGAAGCAAGACCUAUAAUUUAAUUGGUAAGUAGGAAAGGCAAUUAACAAACAAAACAGAUACAGUCGACGUUUUGGCAGUUUUGAGUGAAACAAGAACUGCAAAAAAGUUAAACAAAGCGAGAGACCUCAGACUAGUGUCUAAUGCUUAAAGGGAUAUCUUACUAGUCGGCCAGUUUUGAGUGUUGGUAAGCACCUUUAUUCUUAAUCUCAUUAAAUAAGAUCUACAUUUUUUAUUCAAAGACAAAAAGACGAAUUAAACACACUUACGUUUUUUAAAUUCGAAGCCAAAUUGAACGAUUAGAAUGUCUAUUAAAAUACCAUGAACUGGCAAUAAGAACUCAGACUGACACGAAGGUCAGAUGGUUUGCUGAAACUCGAGUCAAUAGAAUAGUUAACACUUUUAAGCCAAGUGGCCUUACUUGAGCGCGCUAUUAUAUGAAUCAGGGUAACUCUGACGCCUCUAACACUGACGGUGAUAGUUGUCAGCGAGUUAGAAGGCCACAUUUUAAAUGACUUCGUGAGGAUCAACUAUUCUAUUUCCUUAUCAAAAAUACCCCUUUUAGUAAUAAGAACAAUAUAAGUUAACCAAGGAUAAAUGCAAAAAUACAAAAAAAAAAAAAAAAAAUUACAAAUGCAAGUCACAGACAGUGUCUUUCACCUUUUCUGUGCAUUUUCCGCUCAGGUGUUCAAGAUGAGGAGGGAAAUGACUUGAUUCCUAUUCCUUCUUGGUGGGGCAAAGUUGUAUACAAAGCUGGUACAAAAAUAACCUACAUUAAUGAUGCUAAGUUUCCUGACCGCUUGGAAAUUGAAGGUCCAACAAACAUGCCUCUUAGAAUAGUUGUAAGUAUUGAUUAGAACUGAAUGUAGUCUUCAACUCUCUCCAAUCCUAUGAUGAGGUCAAGAGGAACAUGAAAAAAAGAAAUCUAAUAAUAUUGAAUUAAUGUAACUACCGUAUUUAUUCGACUAAGCGCCCAACCUCGAAUUAGCGCCCACCUCUAAUAAGCGCCCAUCCUAAAGACAGAAAAAGUUAAUAAGCGCCCAGCGUCGAAUAAGCGCCCACCCCAACCCCACCCUCUUUCACCUCCCAACCGAAAAAAAAUUAAAUAGUUACUAAUAAGACACUUCCUCGAAGACGGAAUUUUCUUCAGACUAUUUUACAGAAACCUUGCUUUGUUACAUGUUCGAGUUUUGUUAUUACCAUUUACCAUUAUUUUUGUUCCAAAAUAAACAUACUACACUUUUUGAAAUUGUGAAAAUUGAAUAAGCGCCCACUCUCGAGGUCCAAAAAUUUAAUAAACGUCCGGGCGGUUAAUCGAAUAAAUACAGUAUGUUAAAAUGCUGAGUACAUAGGGUUAAACCCCCAAGAUCUCGUGCAAUGACUCAAACGUUUAAAACACAUUACAUGUCUCAACUGUUGUCUUUAGGAAUAAAAGUAUAAAAAAUAGCUUGUUUACUUGUAAGAUUUCUUGAAUUGAUGACCAUGACUUUCGAUGUUUACUGAAUGUAAUGGUACCAUUUCUUGUGUUUCUAUCUGUUUCGAUAUUACUUUCCUAUUGUCAUCUUCUUUUGACAAUUCGUUCUACUCCUAACUUACACUGAUUGAUAUUUUUUAUUUUUCGUAUAGUUUGCCCAUUUGUCAGAAGCAAACGUAGGUAUCGACUAUCAGUAUUUGAGGCCUCUUGAGGAGAACGAAUCUCCUGAGUCAGCAACCUGUUCCUGGGUCACAUCAAAUUGGACAGAUUGCACAACAGGUGGUUAUUUUUACAAUGAUCUUCACUCUAGUUAUCGUUAGUUUAGUUAGCUCGUUACGUUAAGAAUCGCCAACUUACAAGGAACUAUAACAGCUGUAGCAAUUUAUCUGUUCUGGAUAUAAUCCUGUGCUAGCCUCUUUCCAUAACUAGCAAUUUAUAUUUUGGCUGAUCUAACUUUGUCAUCUCAUCACUUAACAGGACAGCAGACACGCGAGGUACUUUGCGUCAGAUCGGACAAUGACACCGGUCAGACAGCUGCUAGUGUUAACUGCUGUGGAGAAGAGUCCAAACCAAACUCUGUAAAUCUCUGUUACAGGUAAGAAGGUGGAAAGAUAAACUUUAGCUGGUAACUUAAACGCUAUAAAUAAAAGAGUACAAAUUUAACUCUGAAGAAUAGAGUAUUGAGCCGAGAAAAAAUAUUUAUCUAGCACACAUCGUACUGGAAUGUUUCUGCCACAAGUAUUGAAACAGUUUCAGAUUUCUUUACUUCAUAUCAUUCAAUGUUUGUUUGUUAGUAGGCAAAGCCAGAGUCACCUCUGUCCGACGAUAGUUUAACUUAACUAAUUUUCUCCAAAUUUUCAAUUAAACGUGAAUUUUGACCUUUCAUUUUCUUUCAUCCAUCAUCCCACGUUUAGUGGAUUUUAUUGGCUUUUUUUUUGCUUCUCAUAACCUUCCCAGUAAUAUCAUUUUUGCGUUGUAUUUUACUUUGAAAAUUAGCUGGCAUACAGACGAUUGGCAAGCUUGUACUAAAACAUGUGGAAAAGGUACCCAGUCACGAUCUGUUGUUUGCCGCGCAAAGCUAAACGACACUCAUUACGACAUAGACGAGUCAGAAUUCCUAUGUAACAUAACAUUAAAGCCAAUGACAUUCAGAUCAAGCUGCAAUGAUGUGAACUGUCCUGCUACGUGGAAAACCUAUUGGCCUGAGGUAUGGAAUACGAAGUACGACGCAGAAUUCAAUAGCUUCACCAGAGCAGCGAUAAUCUGAUGAGUGUUAGCCCGAAAGUAACAGUCCGUUUCCCACACAUAACUAGACAACUCUAAUCGCACAGAAAUUCCCCCUACUCUUUAUGAUUAGCAGUAUGGCUUAUCUCCAAAAAUCCUUUGAUAGGCCUCUUGUAAUAACUCUUUCGGUUUGUGAUGUUACUCUUGUGUGGGUUUAAAAAAUCACUCGGGAAGAAAGUAACAACCUUUUGCAGUGAAAUGCGCGUCCCAACCUUAGGUUAUGGGACUGUUUAAAAUAGUAGUGUAAAUCGCAUGAGCACACAACAAGUUCCGUUCAUUUCUAACCCCAAUGGGAUCUGUAACCAGUAACUAGUUAUACAGAAACACUUAUACGUGAAUCUAUUUGUGGAUGACUUUAAAUUGUGCAUUUUUUUAUUCCUUAGUGUUCAAAGCUUUGCCUUACCGGAAACCGAACCAGGGAGGUUAAAUGCUCAAGAAUAAACGAACUGGGACAAGAUGAAGAUGUUUCAGACAUACAAUGUGAAUACGAAUCCCCACCUCUUGCUAUAACGGAGUCAUGCAAUAGUGACAAUCCCUGUAAAGGUAUAAACCUCCUUACUAUACAGUACAAAGAAAAAUUAGGCCACCACAAUGAAGAAUGACUACGCGUCACUUUAACGUAAGCACAAUUACUCUGGCUUCCACCUGCUGAAUUUUCUAAAUGUAGUAAAGAUGUAGGGUAAUUUAUACAAAAUGUACUAAAUACAUAAUGUUUAAUGAAUGGGGAGGACUUGCCACUACCCUAUAGCCAAAUUUGAUCUUCAGCCAAACUUAUGUGGUACACAGUAAAUAGACCGAAGAGGUUGCAUUCAUUCAAUCCCUUUCUCUCUCCAUUGGCACGAUUUCAGCUCUGAAUCCAACUUUUCAGAGUUGUGAUAAAACUAUUACCUCUCAUUACCCCAACAGAGUACGAGAUCGGGUGUUUCAAGACACCUCAAGACCUGUUCUCAGAGACACUUGGUGAUUUCACCCAAGAAGCCGAUGCAAGCAAAACGUUAAUGGAGUGCAAGGAGCUUACAAAACAAAGUGGUUACAAUGUGUUUGCUCUUGGACAUGGUGGCCUGUGCAUGUCAGGACCAAAUGCAAAGGAUACCUACUACCGAUACAAGCCUGCUUCCAAAAAAAACAAGUGUUCAAAUGGAAUUGGAAUUGGAGACCACAGCGUCGUUUACACAUUUGGUAUUUACAAGAAUAAUAAUGGGACAGUCUCUGUCCCAUUAUGGCUCUUGGUAUUUGCUAUAAUAACAGUGCAAUUUUAGCAUUUGUUGUUAUCCUAUAGAAACUGCAACCCUGAAAAACUGAUAAGCGCAAAUCAGAAAACCGCCAAUGACACCAUUAUAUUCAAAACUGCCUUAGAAACACCUUGUGAUAGAGCUUUCCAUUAGCCCAGUUUUCCUCUGUCGUUGUUGUGGGGAUGACUAGACAGUAUGUUGCAUAUGGCAUGGUUUUUAUGCGCACUCAAAAAAAUGGCAGGCUGAAUAAGCCCACCUCUAUGCCUCAAGCUUGACCUUUAGGUAGGGUUUUCUUUAUCUUUGGUGGAGUAAGAGUAAGGUGAAAUCAUGACAUGCCUCAUAGACAUUAAAGUAUGGUUCUGGAGCAGCUAAUUUAAAUGUUUCCUGUUUCUUAAGUCUGUUGGCAUUGCACAGGUCAGGUCUCACAUGUUAGUAUAAUUUUUACUUUUCUAUAUAUUAAUCAUGUCUUUUACUAGCACUAAGGAUAUGCCACUUUCGUUACCCUUCUAAGGAAAUAUAUUUACGCUGUAUCUUCUUGUAAUGCAUUUUCUCAUUAAUUCCUUUGUUUUAGAACCAUUACCUAAACUUGAGGCGGUUGGUUGUUAUAAAGACUCGUCUAGCCGUGCUCUUCCCACAUUGUAUGCAAAUUUCCGACCUUUCAUUGACUGGUACAAUAUGGACGCUACCAUACGUCAAUGUGCGUUGGUAGCACGUGACAUGGGCUACAAGUACUUCGCUGUCCAAUUUUACGGAGAAUGCUGGUCUUCCUGGGACGCUUCUGAGAAUUAUGACAAAUAUGAUAAACAAACCAAAACUACAUAUUGUUGGGCCAACGUUGGAGGACCCAUGACCAACUACGUUUACCGUUUUCCUUAUGUAAGUAUAUAAAGGAGAAAAACAGGGUGUAAAAUAAUUCGAGUGAAAUCGUUAUCUGCUUGAGAGAUAUUUUAUAGCGUAAAAACCCCCUGCGUUUGAAGCAGUUCGCUUCCCUCUUUGGCCUAUGUUGUGCCCAGAGGCUUGUAUGACAACGCACGAGAUUCCAGGAGCUCCCCGGCUCCCCGGAUCACUUUCACCCCUGGGCAAUAAAAUCUUCGUCCUCAAUGUUUUCAAUAGAAUAAACAAUUUUCUUCUUUCUUUCUUUUUUUUUUUUGACACAGGAAUAAGCGCAAGGCAGUCUCAGCCGCAAGAAAAUCUUCCAACGUUCGUUCCCACAUGUCAUUGGCAGUUCUACGAUUGAAUUCACUUUCGAAUCCUGCUAUUUAACGUACAAAUAAUGUAAAACCUUAAGGCUUAAAGAGUUAAACAUGCCAUGAAAAAUUCUCAUUCUCACA